CCAGCCUCCAUGAGAGAAAGGAGCUAGUCCCCUUGAGCCUUACUGGCAUUCUCAACAAGCUUUGUAAGGAUUGAGACUGUGUGUGUGCUUAAAGAGACUUUACCAUUACACCCAGAUUCUCACACACUUCAGUGCUUUUUUAACUUGGUACAACUUCAGGACAAAAAAACCUUCUCUCAGGGGGGUUGAUCUUAGAGCCAUAUCAGCAGCUGGUGUGAUCUCUGUUAUUUCCACUAGUGUGAGGCAACAAGAAAAGGACAACAAGACACAGAAAAGAGGGAAACAUGUCCCAUGCUCUGCUGAGGAGAAAUUCCAGCAAACAGGGUUUGCAAAAUCUAAUGAGACUCACCGCUCAGAGGAGCAUUGAGGAUGCUGAAGAAGUGGAGCGGGAACGUCGCCGAAAGGCUCGAGAAUCUUUACGCCGACGGAACAGCGGCUCAACACCGGAAGAAUCGUCACCAGAGACCGAGGCGCAAGAGGAGAGGAACACAUAUGAUCGUGAACUGAAACCCAGCAGAUCCCCUUCUCUUGAGGAGGAUGAGGGUUUUAGUGACUGGACUCAGCUCAGAGAAAAACAAAGACAGGAGCGACUGCUGGAGCUCAGUCAGGAUGGAGAAGAAGAGGAAGAAGGAGAAAAUGUUUUUAUGAAGAACAAUGUAGCCAAAAAGGCUGCUCACGCUGCUUCGAUGCCAUUCAGUCCAGUUCAAAGACAAGAUCAGGAAGAUACUGACAGCAUUAGGAUGAAGGCAGAGAGGAGGAAUGAAUAUGAAGAAGAGGUUGGGAGAGUGAAGGAGAGGGGGGAAUUGAAGAAGAACAAAGUGCUGCUUUCCACAAAACAAGAGACUCAAAGGCCAAAUACAGAGGAAGUGAGAAAGAAAGAACUUAAAGUAUCCUACACGUCCAAGAUUUUCCUGUGUCAGAAGCCAAAACACAACAGCCAAAAGAGUGGCACGGCCGACCAGGAAGUGACAUCAGUCAUGAACCAGAAGAACAGAUCCAGCAGACAAUCUGUGGAGUCAGAGGAGGCAAAGCCCUUCCUGGAGGCAGAGCAGAGACUGGAGAGGAUCCGCCAGAGCCUGCAGGAGAAGGAGAGUCAGGAACUGGAGCAAAUUAGAUACAGGCAGUUGGAGGCUGAACAGGAGCUGGAAGAGCUGAAGAGGAGACGGGAGGAGAGACGGCGAGCUCGUGAGGAAGAGGAGCGCCAGAGGGAGGAUGGGGAGAAGCAGCAGCUGGCUGCUGAGGAGGAGGAAAGAAGAAAGAUGAAGGAAGACAUGGAGAGGAGAAGGAUGGAAGCAGCAGAAAGGAUGAAGAUCCUCAGUAUGUCCAGUGCAGAAGGAGAGGAAGUGUUCAGUCCCAAAGUUUCACCACACAAGAUCACAGAGAGAACCAACUCCCUGAACCGUUUGCUAAAGAAAAGCAACAGUUUCAAGAAAACUCAGCCUCCCUUCCUCUUGACCAGGAUCGAUGAUAAGAUGGAGCAGUACACUCACGCUGUGGAGAAAACCUCCCAGGAGCCUCGGGCACUAAAGGUGUCGCUCUCUGACCUUCCCAAUUCCCCAGAGGUCGUUGCCUCCAAGAAAAAUCUGUCUGAGGCUGGAGAGGCCUGGAGCCCAUACAAAGGAGCAACAUGCAAGGACACUGGCAGUCUGAAAGUGGGCGUGGCCAGCCUGAUCACACACUGGGUGAAAAGCCCCUCAGAGCCCAGCAGUAAACAGUCACCAUGCCGACCGUCUGAUGUGAGGUCUGGAGGCGUGCUGCAAAAGAAGAACAUGUGGGAAAUAUUUGGAGACCCGUCAGGGAGGACUGAACCGAAAGCAAAGCCAACACCACAUGGGAAAAAACAUAAAUUUAUUGUCACUGGUCAUGGAAAAUAUGAGAAGAUCUCUGUAGAUGAAUGUGGAGACCUCAGCCAAAGUGCAGGUAGGACCUUCAUCACAAAUAGAACAACACAACAAACAUAAAUAGAGUAGUAAUGAGGAGCUUUAUUUUUUGUUUCUGUGUGCAUCCUAAUCUAUUAGAAUUUAAGACUUAGUGGCGAUGAAACAUUAUUUCAAGGUGCCAUUUAGUACAUAGAUGGUUAUUUUUUACACUGUAAAAGCUAAACAUGUCGGACAGUUUGGGUUUGACUUCUAAAUCAAAUUUUUUUCCUUAAAAAAGAAGAUGAAACUUGGCUUUUUUUGAUGAAAAUCUUCAUUUUGAAAGUAAUUAGACUUUAUUAUCUAGUCUAUUAGAUAAAAUGGAGUUCUUUGAUAAGUAGACUUUUGUCCACCCCCAAAAAUGGUGUUGAUCAAGGGGAUCAACACCAUGAUCCCUUUUCAACACCAUGAUUCUUUUUCUUUUUUUCUGUUAAAAAAAAGAAAAAGAAAUUCAACAACUACAGCCAAGAAGCGCAGCGCUUUCUACCAUCCCACCAUCCCUUACCAUCUAACUAACAAUCUGUGCAGCACUUCGUCUGCAUUUCAUUUAUUUUCUCUUACAACUUUGACAACUCACAAAAAAGUACUUUAUUCUAUAUUUUCUUUACAUUAUUAUUACUUUUUUUACCUCUAAAACGCUGUCCAUCUAACCUACAGUCACUUCUGGAGAGCUGUUUACGGUGUCUGUCUAAUGUUCCAAAUAAAAAUCACAGUGAUAUAACAAAGUGAUUUGUUUAUUACUCAUGCCAAAUUUAUAAUUAUUGAGGUUUAUUAGGAGUGCAUGAUGUACUAGUGCCUUAAUCAGUGAUUCCCUUUCAUCAUGUUGUUUUUGAGGGCCGUUAAUAGAACACAUUAAACAUUGCUGCUAAUAUAAACUUUCCUGCUUUUCUCUUGUUUCACUGAAGUGAGUGUUUCCAAAGAAAAGAGGGAAAACAUGUAUACACUCUACAUAAGCAUUCAUCAUUUACUCAGAGGUGUUCUGUCGUGGAAAAUAAUACAAUUUGGUAAAAAAAUAAAAAAUUAAAACCUUGCGUUUUUUUUAUUUGAUUAUGAAUUAACAUAUAGGUUAACAUUUCUUGAUAAAUAUAAAAAUACUGGAAGAUUGUACACAAGCAACAACCAUGUACAUACUCAGUGGCUUAGCAGCAUCUCUAGUAAAAGUGUAAUGAAAGAAGCAAAUGGAAAUUGUCAGAUUAGAUAAAAAUUUUAAUGCGUUGUGAUGUCUGGAGACAUUUAAGACAAGUCAUCUCAUUUUUGCUUACAAAUAAAAAUAAAACCUCUAACACCUGUUAAGCUACCGUUAUACUAUAAUGCAUUUGUCAAGUAUAAAGUUGGGGUUUAGUUUCCUUCAGCAGUGUUUAGAAGUUUUAUGUUAACAGAUAAAUUAACUUAGAGAACAGGUUUAGCCAUG